AUGAGCAGUAUCUUCACUGGCGCAACGACCGCAGACAAAUUUGCUGAUUGUAUGACGAAAGAAGGCACGACCUGGACCGCAACUGCGAACUACCAUAAUGCCCCCCUUUGCAGCGCGGAUGCAACACCAGCCGAUUGCCUCAAUAUGAACAUUACAAUGGUUGCCACUGGAAGGAGGAGGGCAUUGCGACGUGAGGAGGAGUCAUCUUCUAGCUCUAUUCUUGAAAAGAUGUUGUCAUCUGCGUCUGGAGCUGGAAAUUUUCAGAAGGGAUCCUCGUUUUCCCAAAUUUCUACCGGGCAAGGAGCUGCAGGCGAAAAAACUUCGAGAGCUUCCUUCGGUGCACCACGGGAUCAAGGAGGAAAAAUUAGCACAACUUCUCAAAGUUCUUCUAUUUUGUUGCCUAGCAAUGACGCGGGAGAAAACGCAGUUAGACCAGGGACAGGAACUACUAGUGCAACAUCAACAUCUCUAGUAGAACUUGAGGAGAAAUCAAAAAUUUUCGAGCCCCUACGACCUCAAAAUUUUCGGGCCCUAACAAGUGCCUCAUCUAGGAGUGCGGCAGUCUAUUUCCUUAGUACCACGCUUCCGGUAACAACCCAAGCAGAGGCGAACUCCACUGCCGCCGCGGCGACCACUGGCUGCACAGCGUUUGCAGCGAAAACGAAUAAGAUUACCACUGAUCUGGCAGCCAUUCUAAAAAACAAUCUUGGAGUCGUGAUAACUACACCAGACGCCUCCAUCUCGGCACAACUUGACGCAUCAGGACAAGAUGUAUCAAUUCUUGCCAGUGCUGCAUCUGACGUUGUAUUUAAGGCUCCAAGAUGGAAUCCAUCUUAGCUAGCAUCGAUCUCGGGUCCGUUUCUCAAUCAAAAACGGGCACCAAGAUGGUCCAGAAGAUGGAUUACGGUCGUGAGCUCUAAUAUGUACUCUACUCUGAAUUUUGAUUACAGUGGUUCAUCUGCUACCACUACAACUACAGCAGGAAGUGGAGGCCCAUCGUCCGACUCGGCUGCAUCCUCAGACGGAGGAACGACUGCCAUAAUCGUGAUCCUUUCCAGCUGUGUCAUUGCUCUGAUUAUGGCUUACCGAAAUGAUCCAUCUUGUUCCGCCGAAGCAUCUUGGACCUGCCCCACAAGGGGAGGGGAGCUCCAAGAUGAAUCGCAGGAUAGAUUUGGACAGUAAGCUCUAAUUUGAUUCUGCUCUGCUCGUUCGUCUCGUUUUACAAGAGGCUACAAGUGGACCACGCAGAAGAAGCUUCAAAGAGCGACUUAAAACGGCAAAUGGAUCUACAUGAUGUCAAGAUGAAGGGGAAGAAUCUAGAUGGAAAGCAAGUAUGCAAGAUGCACAAAGAUUUGCAUUUUCGAAAUUCCAACGUAUCUUUGGGCUCUGGACACAGUAGUAGUGCGGCGCAUCAUGCAUUUACGCGGACUCGGUCCAUGCCCUCCAGCAUGUUGACAGGCGCAGAUGGAGGGUGGCUCCCUUUAGGCAGCAGAUACUAUGACCGCUCUUUCAUGCAGUUGCAUGAACACGAAGAAGCGCUAAAGGUCCCCAAAGCCAAAAAAGAGCAAGUUCCAUUAAGCAGUGCUAUGAAGGACGCGAUUAAAGCAGGACUUUAG